GAGCGAUUUCGAACGAAUUAUUUCGCAAGGCUCGAACGAGACGGGGCGCGGUUGGAUGUCCCCUAUAAAUUCAUGGUAGGACGAUUCGUCGUCACUCGUUGUCCACUCGUCGAAUCAACAAGCAAAUUAAAAAUGUUCAAGCUCGUUAGCUUCCUCGCCGUCGUAGCAGUCGCGUGCGUAAAUGCCGCGCCAGGCGGAUUAAUCGCAGCCCCAGCUGCGGUUGCGGCAGUUCCUGCACCGAUUGUCACUGCUAGAAGCAGCCAGGUUAUCGCGAGAAAUUACAAUACGUUCGCUGCCGCACCAUUGGCCUAUACCGCAGCUGCUGUCGCAGCCCCAGUAGCCGCACCGGUUGCUUACACCGCACCAGCGGCAGUAGCAGCACCAUUUGCAGCCGCACCAGUGGCUUACACCGCACCAUUCCCAGCGGCAGCACCCUUCACAUAUGCCGCACCCACUCUCCACGCCGCACCCCUCGUACUUAAAUAAGAACGUCUACUUUCUUCCCUGGCUCGAUUAUGUCUACUGAUCUUAUGUUAGAAAUAUAAAAAAGUUUUUCAUCCUA